AUGAAGUCCCAAAAUUUGUCCAAUGUUACUGAGUUUCAGCUGCUGGGAUUCCAGAACCUUCUUGAGUGGCAGACCUUGCUUUUCAUCAUUUUCUUGUUCAUCUACUUCCUCACAGUCACAGGGAAUAUUGUCAUUAUUGUCGUGGUGAGCCAGGACCAGCGGCUGCACUCACCUAUGUACACAUUCCUCAAACAUCUCUCCUUUCUGGAGAUCUGGUUUACAUCCACCACUGUGCCCCUUCUCCUAGCCACUCUAGUCUCCCAGCGCCAAGCCAUCUCCUUCCAUGCCUGUAUAGCACAGCUCUACUUCUUUGUGUUCUUCGGGGCUACUGAGUGCUUUCUUCUGGCUGUGAUGGCCUAUGACUGAUAUCUGGCAAUCUGUAGUCCACUGCACUACUCUUUCCUGAUGAGUCCUGAGAUCUGCACCAAGUUGGUGGCUAUCUCCUGGUUGACAGGAGUUGGCACAGGAUUUCUGCCCUCUCUAAUGAUUUCCAAGUUGGACUUUUGUGGGCCCAACCAGAUCAAUCAUUUCUUCUGUGACCUCCCACCCCUCAUGCAGCUCUCAUGUUCCAGUGUUUAUGUCACUGAGAUGGUCAUCUUUAUCCUGUCAAUUGCUGUGCUGUGCAUUUGCUUUAUUCUUACGCUGAUGUCCUAUGUUUUUAUUGUGUCAUCAAUAUUGAGAAUUCCUUCAGCCUCUGGCCGAAUGAAAACCUUUUCCACAUGUGGUUCCCAUUUAGCUGUUGUCACUAUCUACUAUGGGACCAUGAUCUCCAUGUAUGUUCGCCCCAGUGCCCACCUGUCACCAGAUAUCAACAAGAUUGUUUCUGUCUUCUAUACUGUGGUCACCCCACUGUUGAACCCUGUCAUCUACAGCCUGAGGAACAAAGACUUCAAAGAUGCUCUUAGAAAAGUCAUGAGAAAAAAUUGUGGCAUCUAUGGGGUAAGAAUGAAGGAAAAUCUCUUUAUCAGAUAA